AUGGACGCCGCCGAUGAAGAGCCUGCUCUGGCUGAUGACCUGGAUACGGCAGACGACGAGCAACAGCUGCCUCUGCAGGGGGAGGAUGGGAUGUCGCACAUCACAUCCGGCAAAUUCGAGGUCGUCCGUCGCAUCGAGGAGGGGAGAGACGACAGGAACACGGGCAUCUGGGUGACUGAGAUACUCGAAAAGAGGGAGUACAGAGGAGCGGUGGCAGGGCUCCAUGUGACUGCCGUACAGCUGCGGGUGACGACCUCGCCAAGCUGCUGACCGGCUGGCCGGAGAUAGUGACCCACACGUGGGCAGUCGACGUGCCCGUUGACCAUCCCUCGCCGAGAGUCAGCAUCCCUCUCAGCAUCUCUGCCGAUGGUGCUCAACUGCUGCGCGGCGUCGCCAACUCAUCGGUAAGCUAAGCACACAGAAGCAAUUCAUUCACUGCUCUCAUUACGAACAUUAUUCAUCCAUUCUUUCUUCCUUUCUUUCUUUCAGGCUGUCACCUUUGGGAUGAGAGCCGUCACCAAUCACCUGCCAGGCGAUCGACAUCCAGUGUGGUCAUCCCAGUCACGAGGUGCCUUGCCGUCUGACCUUCAAUGUGUCGUUCCUCGGUGACCAGGUCAGCAGCCACACGCGAUGUACGGCAAGACGAACUGCUUCAUUCGCUUGCUUGUUUGCUUCACUUCUUUGCUUGUUUGCUUCACUUGUUUUUGUGUUUGCUUCACCUGUAUUGCAGAAGUUCAUUCUCUGUAUCCCUGGGAUGGGCGGUGCCGGUCUGAAGACGUGCUGCUCGCUCAUGGCAGCCACUUCGUCACCUGGCUCAACCACAUGGACGAAUUCAUGGAUGCCAUCGACGAGCCAGCAAAUGGACCCGUGCGCCUGGCCUUCAUGACAUUUGAGUGAGAAGGGGGGAACACACAGACAAUCACACGUAUGUGCAUGCAUGUGUGUGUGUGUUGCUUGAUGUGGCUGUUAUGCAGCUGGAUAAUGAGCUGUGCGUUGCGUUCCAAGGCGCCCACACGCGGCGAUGAAUAGUGCUCAAUCAUCUG